UUGAAAAUACUUGGGAGAGGAGGUUGAAUCCAUUGAUUUUGGACGAUGUAACCCAAGUCUGCGAGGAUACGGUGACAAUUUGAAUGAGAACCCCCUUCAGUUUGUGCAUAACCAUCGUAAGAAGGGCUUAUGUGCUCCUCGCCACUUGAUUUCCGACUCGGGGAGCUCAGUGUUGUCGGGGUAGAGUCAGUUUCAGCUGCACUGCAUCAACAUGGGUGUGAUCGGUGUGCAGCUGGUGGUUACCAUGGUAAUGGCCAGUGUAAUUCAGAAAAUCAUACCUCAUUAUUCCUUCGCAAGAUGGCUACUCUGCAGUGGCAGUCUUGCGGUGGUAUCAGGCACCCUACGGAAGAUGAGUUUGAGGAGCUUAGCUGGGAAACAAAAAGGACUGAAGAAUGAAAGAAGGAAGUUCAAUGGUCACAUUGACCAUAAGCCAGUAACAGUUCCCAAGGACAUAGAUUUACAGCUGGAGACGAAAUGCAUCACAGAAGUCGACACGUUAGCGUUGCACUACUUCCCAGAGUUCCAGUGGCUGGUGGAUUUCACAGUAGCGGCGACUGUGGUCUAUCUGAUAACAGAGCUGUACUACUGCGUGGCUCAGCCCUCGGGAGAGAUGAACAUCAGUGUGGUCUGGAGCCUGCUAGUGCUAGCCUUUGUCCUAAAGACCCUUUUCUCUAUAACGGCCCAUUACUUCAAGCUGGAGGAAGGAGGCGAGCGCUCACUCUGCAUUACUUUUGCUUUCUUCUUUUUUGUCAAAGCCAUGGCCAUUCUCAUUGUCACUGAAAACUACCUGGAGUUUGGUCUUGAAACAGGUUUUGCAAACUUCUCCGACAGUGCUCUAGAGUUCCUGCAGCACCAGGGCUUGGAGUCCCAGGGUCCCAUAUCUAAACUCACCUUCAAGCUGAUCCUGGCCCUGCUCUGCUCCCUGAUUGGAGCAUUCCUAACUUUCCCUGGUCUACGAUUGGCCCAGAUGCACCUAGAUGCACUCAAUCUGACCACAGGCAGAUUUACACAGACUCUGCUUCAUAUCAACUUCUUGUCCCCUCUUAUCAUGGUCCUGCUGUGGGUGAGGCCCAUUACCAAGGACUACCUAAUAAACCCCUAUCUGGAAAAGGGGAAUUUGCCUUUGAUGACGGAGGAUACGUAUGAUACGUUACGGUUGUGGGCCAUCAUACUGAUGUGUGUGCUCCGACUCGCUAUGAUGAGACACCAUUUACAGGCCUACCUCAACCUGGCCCAGAAGGGUGUGGACCAGAUGAAGAAGGAGGCGGGACGCAUAAGUACCGUUGACCUGCAGAAGAUGGUUGCUCGUGUUUUUUACUACUUGUGUGUAAUCGCACUACAGUAUGUGGCACCGCUGGUGAUGCUGCUGCAUACAACUUUGCUGCUAAAAACCUUAGGUGGACACUCCUGGUGGGUCUACCCUACAGAGGACCUGCCUUGCAUCUAUGAAAUUAACUCUGACUCUGUGAUGGGGGCGGCCCCUGUAGCAGCCCCCCCACCGGCGGUAGAAACAGCAGCCCAGGGGUCUGUGGCCCAGCUGUCGGUGGCCCUGGGGGGCCUGCGGACUGUCUUCAGCCCCUUGCUUUUCCGUGGCCUCUUCUCCUUCUUCACUUGGUGGGUUGCUGCCUGCCUCUUCUCCACCUCCCUCUUUGGUCUCUUCUACCAUCAGUAUCUCAUGGCGGGAUAACCCCCACCCUGUGUCGGGCCCAAUCAGAAAGGACUGAGUAGGAAAACAGAGGCCUAAUGAUGACACACACACACACACACACACACACACAUCCUCCCUUCCCUUCCUCUGACCAACUAAACCCUGACUGACCAUAUCAUCAGAGCUCCUGGUUCAACUUCCAGUGCUUCCUCCACAGACGACUCUGUGAACUCUUGUCAUUGUUUUUAAUACACAACCAUUACCUUUUUAUUUUGGAAAGCAAGGUUUCUAAACCCCUAACAGACUAAAUCGGGAGUUGGAAGAAUUGUAAUAUGUGUCAUUAGUGUAUUGCCAUAGUAAUGAGAAAUUGGUCCAGUUUGCUGUGUGACAUUUUAAUCACAUGAGGUAAAGUAAUAUAUCUCAGACGCUGAUUACAAUUAAUUUAAAAUGUGGUGUGGCAUUUCUCCUUAAAUCCACCAGGGUCAGGAGAGAUUUUAAUUCAUGACAUUUUUUUCACAACUGAUUUCAUGUAACACUCUGCAAGACUGGGUCCAUGCUGUUUAAGUGUUAUGGUUUGGUACGUAUGUGCGGGGCCUUGACAAUGAGAGUCAGUCAACUAUCUAUAUUCCAGUCUGUCAUUACAGGCCAUAAUGGGGCUUAUUUCCCUGAGUGAUACAACGUGAAGAAGCUCCAUAGAGGUCACAAAUAACGCGUUUGUUUGUGACUUCAUUUGAGCCUUAAAAUCACAUUUUGUUAUUGUAUGUUUUUGGGGAAAAACAAUGGCCGACGUACUUGUGCCCCCCGUUUGUCCUUUUGAUCAAAACUUAAAAAUAUGUGCGUUGAAACAAAAUUGCCUGUUUUACUAAAAUGUCUAAAUUUGAUUGCCACGGACCUCGAUAGUGUCUGGAAUAGUCUUAAAAUGUUGUGUCAAGGACCAGUACGCCUCAGUUUGGGGGGGGGCUGUUCUCAGCUAAAAAGGGUCGGAGAGUGGACUUCUGAAGAACUGCAGAGGAGGAAGAGGAGAUGUAUAACUCAUUGACUUGAAACUGAUGUAUUUAAGUGUUUUUAAACUGCGUCGUAACCUUCUUGGUUUUAACUGAGCCAUUUUAGAGUUUAUGAGAUUUAUUCUUUUUAACAGCAGAGACGAUUCAAAGGGAGGACAGCACUAAGGGCUCAGCCCAGGUUUGUGCUGGUUUCCAUGUGUCUGUCUGCAUGUACAGGAUCUCUGCUGUAGGUCAGCUGUAAUCUAAAAGGGCAUUGUGAUCAAGAGGAGAUGAUGUCAACUACUGUUGGUGAACUACCGCCUUUAUGUUCUGCUUUCCAUUCGACAUGUUACCCAUCCUUUGCUUUUUUUUUAACUCAUUUGAGAACAGCUGUUUUUAUUCUUUUUCUAAUGGAUCAAAAGUUGUAAAAGUGCCAAGUGAGUCUGUUCCCCUGUCCGGAUGGCUAUAGAUUGGGUGUCUGCUAGUGUUUAAACCUUUAACUGACUACAACUCUGCGGCCUUCUUUCUUCUGUAGUUCCAUCUCAAUAAAGAGGGGAAUCUCAAGCCCUGGUUUCCAUCGAGACAUAACAGCAUUUACAGUGUCUUUGCAUACUGUAAUUAUUUGGUGGGUAAAUGUCUGCACUAAGAGUCAAAGGGCCUAUGAUUGUCCAGCCCUUCCAGGAACGUGGUGCCAGAUGAAUUACAGAUCACACAAUCUGGUGGCAUUUAAUGUGGUCAUUAUUAUAUCAUAGAGCUGUAAUUUCUGAAUUGCAGCUCUAUGAGUUUUGUACAGGACAUAUUUUACAACCUCAAGCAGCUCUAUCUCAUUUUUAGCUCCUGAUGUCAAAAGUCUUAGAAAUCGUUUUUUUGUUUGUUUUUUUUUAAAGAUGGGGAUUAUGCACAUAAUGAAUGUAUCCAUCCUGCCUAAUUUCUAGAUUGUUUUUCAUGAAAAUAAUUUGUAUGGUGAGUUGAUUUAACACCUCUGCACUUCCUGAAGUCUUUCCUCGUCUACUACCAUCUUUUAAUCUACCUUUCAAGCUAAAUCUAAUUUAUCCUAAUGAUUAUUUUUGAUUGAUUUAUCUUUGUUUUUGUAUUUAUUACACAUGCUGAGGCCUGUAAACAUUUCUAAUUUUAACAGCGAACACAUGAUUUUGUUAUUUGGGGGGCGGGGGGGCAUGAUGGCUUAAAUCAAUUUUGAAAAAAAACGUGUUUGACAAAUCAGUUACAGAUUAACCUUUUUUUUAAUUGUCUGGUCCGUUAAGAAGUAGCUGGGAUACUUUCAGAAUUCAGUGGCCUGAUGAGGCGAUGUUUCUUCUGUUUGUUACCACUGAAGUGUUUAUAAUUCAUUGUUGAGUUCACAAAGUAAAUUACACACAUUGUUCUUUCAUGUAUUUAUUUCUGUUCUAGAUUUCCUCUUAAAUAAAUUAUGUUCUUUACUUUGUCCUUUUUUAUUUUUGUAUCUUCAUGCUCUAUGAGUGGCUUUACAUAGGGCCUUAGCAGUAUCGACACAAGGAGGUGGGUUCAUUUAUAAAGCUGCAAUCAUUCUGGACUUCAAGUAAAGUCAAAGGAAUGAUCUAAAGUCCUUUUUGUUUUUACUUUUGAAUGAUAUGCUCCAAAGUGGGUCAGCUUACAAUCAUGAGAUGCUGCAAAGACAGACUGCUAAUGUUAUACAUCCAUUUUCAACACAUCAAAAUGACAGCAAACUAGUAGUCCCAUUAAAUGUGAAUGAUACUCUGGCCCAUGCAAGAGAAUGACUCACAACUUCAGAAAUAAUCACCAAAGACUUGUUGUAAAAUAGUUCAUUGACUCAAUGUCUCUCUUGUUAGAUCUCUUGUCUUUCCUUUAAAUCAUGCCAAGAAAGCUUAAAGUCCUUGACUUGUGGUUCAAAACAGUAAGCGUAUCAUUUGGCAUGUUGUGUGUUACAAAACUGUUCACUUGUAAACUGUGCUUUGUUCAAAUCUAACAUGACAGCUGUUUUUUUUUUACAGGAAAGAAGAUAAUGUGACUGAUUUUUUUUUUACAGUCAGAAUGUAAAGAAUAACUGUCCAAUAAAGUGGUUUUAAAAUA